AUGCCUACCUUAGAUGCUCCAGAAGAGAGGCUGAGAAAAUUUAAGUACCGAGGCAAAGAUGCAUCUGUGAGGCGGCAACAGCGGAUGGCAGUCAGCCUGGAGCUCCGGAAGGCCAAGAAAGAUGAGCAGGCCUUAAAGAGAAGGAACAUCACAGAUUUCUCCCCUGACCAAGCUUCUGAAAAACCAGCCAAAGAGGUCAGCCUCACUCUGGCUGAAAUAAUCAAAGGUGUGAAUGGCUCAGAUCCAGUCCUACAUUUCCAGGCCACCCAGGCAGUCAGGAAAAUGCUAUCCCGGGAAAGGAAUCCCCCUCUAAAAAUGAUUGUUGAAGCAGGGCUCAUUCCUAAGCUGGUAGAGUUCCUGAAAUCAUCACUUUACCCCUGCUUGCAGUUAGAGGCAGCCUGGGCUCUGACCAACAUCGCUUCAGGGACUUCAGAGCAGACCCGAGCUGUUGUGGAAGGGGGAGCCAUCCAGCCUUUGAUUGAGCUCCUGUCUUCCCCCAGUGUGACUGUGUGUGAACAGGCGGUGUGGGCUCUUGGAAAUAUAGCUGGUGACGGCCCAGAGUUCAGAGAUGUCGUUAUCUCAAGUAAUGCCAUACCACAUCUGCUGGCCCUGAUUUCAUCAACCAUACCAAUUACAUUUCUGCGGAACAUCACGUGGACCUUGUCUAACCUGUGCCGAAACAAGAACCCAUACCCUUGCGAAAAAGCAGUGAAGCAGAUGCUGCCUGUCCUCUUCCUCCUCCUGCAGCACCAUGACAGUGAGAUUCUCUCGGACGCCUGCUGGGCCCUGUCCUACCUCACUGAUGGCUGCAAUGAGCGCAUCGGCCAGGUGGUUGACACGGGAGUCCUGCCCAGACUGGUAGAGCUCAUGACCAGCUCAGAACUCAAUGUUUUGACCCCUUCUCUCCGCACUGUGGGAAACAUUGUCACAGGAACAGAUCACCAGACCCAGAUGGCCAUUGAUGCGGGCAUGCUGAGAGUGCUGCCCCAGCUCCUGCGGCACCCCAAGCUCUCUAUCCAGAAGGAGGCAGCCUGGGCCCUGAGCAAUGUGGCUGCAGGGCCCUGCCAGCACAUCCAGCAGCUGAUUGGUCAUGACAUGUUGCCUCCCUUGGUGGCUCUGCUAAAAAAUGGAGAGUUUAAAGUCCAGAAAGAGGCUGUCUGGACGGUGGCCAACUUCACGAGCGGGGCCACUGUGAAGCAGUUGACCCAGCUUGUCCACUCAGGAGUCUUGGAGCCACUGGUGAAUCUGCUUACUGCCCCAGAUGUAAAAACUGUGCUCAUCAUCCUCGACGUCAUCGCUUACAUCCUCCAGGCAGCAGAGAAACUAUCUGAGAAGGAAAACCUGUGUCUUCUGAUAGAAGAACUCGGUGGGGUCGACAGAAUUGAGGCAUUACUACUUCAUGAGAACCGUCAGAUUGGCCAGACUGCUCUGAACCUCAUUGAGAAACACUUUGGGGAGGUAGGUGACUUCAGGGAAUGA